AUGAGGCACAACUCGUCCUCACUGAACAAGACCUUAGAUGCCGACGUUGUUUUGAAGCCUGACCGCCACCAUAGAACUCUACUGGUUGCCAUGGUGUCAGCCCGCGAUCGGCGGGAGGCUGAACUCGGGUAUGGUGGAUAUGUGGUAGAUAACGAUAUCGUUCACGGUUUGGGCCAUGGUCACGGACUGGGGCACGGCAUAGGCCACGGACUGGGACAUGGCAUCGGUCAGGGACUGGGGCACGGCAUCGAUCACAGACUGGGGCACGGCACUGGCCACGGACUGGGCCACAGCAUCGUCCACACUGUUACACAUACAUAUGAUGGUGGCAUCAUCCACGGUCAUGGUCAUGAUUUGCACCAUGGUGGCUAUGUGGUGGUACAUGGCGGUUAUGGCCUAAAUCAUGAUGGUCACGGCCUACACCACGGCGGUCAUGUGAUGCACCAUUGUGUUCAUAGCCUACAUCAUGGAAGUCAAGGCCUACAUCAUGGAAGUCACAGCCUACAUCAUGGUGGUCAUGGCUUACAUCACGGCGGUCACGGCCUACACCAUGGUGGACACAGCUACGGUUACGGCCGUGGACAUCGACACGGUGGUGGACAUGGCCAUGGUGUGGUUCACUCCUACGAGGUAGGACAUGGACAUGGAUACAAGGAACACGGAGCUGCUUUCGGGCACAAGACGGCCGUGGAUCAUCCUUAUCACGGUCUGUCCUACCAGAGGAAACACGCCUAUGUAGCUCCCCAUCACAGACAUGGGCAUGGCUACGGCUAUGGUUAG